AUGGACGACUCCAUGAUGGACGACGACGUUUUCGACAUUUCCGACGGUGGGAGCUCUGAUUUUGUGCCUGAGCCCGCGACGAAAGCCAAGGCCAAGGCGGCACCGAAGAAGGCGGCCACUGCCCCAAAAGCCACCACCAAGAAGAUGACGCAAACUACACUUAAGCCCAAGGCCAAGUCAGCCCCGGCCAAGAAGAAGGCCAAGGCUGACAGUGAGGAUGAGGUGUCAGACGUACACAUGUCCGAUGAUGACAAUUCCUUGCUCUCCCAUACCCCUCCCAAGGCUAAGAAGGCUGCUGCGCCGAAACGAGCGGGCUCAAAGCCCCUCGGAGACGUCGAGAAUGAGUCCUUCGCGGGCGAAGUUGUCUCCGAGGCACAGGGGAAGGAUGGCAACGCAUCAGAUAAGUACCAAAAGCUUACACAACUCGAACACAUUAUCAAACGUCCCGAUACCUACAUUGGCUCCGUAGAAGCUACCACCCAACAGAUGUGGGUUUACAACUCCGAGUCCGAAUCGAUGGAGUUCCGUUCAGUCACUUUCGUCCCUGGUCUCUACAAAAUUUUCGACGAGAUUGUCGUCAACGCUGCCGAUAACAAGCAUAACGAUAAGAACAUGAACGAGAUUCGUGUGACCAUCAGUCGCGAGACUGGUGAAAUCAGUGUUUGGAACAAUGGAAAGGGUAUUCCUAUCGAGAUCCACUCGAAAGAGAAGAUCUUCGUGCCAGAGUUGAUUUUCGGCCACCUUCUCACAUCUUCCAACUACGACGAUACUCAGCAGAAGGUGACCGGUGGUCGUAACGGUUUUGGUGCGAAGCUCUGUAACGUUUUUUCAACGGAAUUUACCAUCGAAACCCAGGACGCGCGCCAGAAGAAGAAGUACAAGCAAACUUGGAGCGAUAAUAUGACCAAGAUGGGAAAGGCGAAGAUUACGGAUGCCACCAAGGGCGAUGACUACACCAAGGUCACAUUCAAGCCCGACUUCUCCAAGUUUGGUAUGGAGGGAAUUGACGAUGACUUCGAGGCCCUCGUUAAGCGCCGUGUUUACGAUCUGGCGGGUACAUCCAGCGUUGCUGUGAAGCUCAAUGGUACCCGCGUUCCGAUUCGUAACUUCCGAAAGUACAUGGAGAUGUACACCAAGGCUAUUCGCAAAGAGCGUGGUGAUGACGGGCCUCCUGCCAAGGACGAGAUCAUUACCUGCAGCCCUGACCCUCGCUGGGAGAUUGGUUUUGCGGUCUCCGAUGGUGCUUUCCAGCAAGUUUCGUUCGUAAACUCCAUUGCUACGACCUCUGGUGGAACCCACGUCAACUACAUCGCCGAUCAGAUCUGUAACCGCCUGGCUGAUCAGGUCAAGAAGAAGAACAAAAGUGGUGCUACCUUGAAGACCGCUCAGAUCCGAAACCACAUCUUCAUCUUCGUCAAUGCUUCCAUUGUGAAUCCGGCUUUCACCUCACAGACCAAAGAGCAGUUGACCACUAAGGCAAGCCAGUUCGGUAGCAAGUGUGUUCUCGAGGAAGAUUUCUACAAGAAGGUUCUGAAGACGGAAGUGAUGUCCAACAUCCUGCACUUCGCUGAACAAAAGGCCGAUCAAAUCCUGAAGAAGGGUGAUGUCGGUCGUCGUUCUCGCAUGAACAACCCUAAGCUCGUGGAGGCCAACAAGGCUGGCACUCGGGAUGGCCAUCACUGUACCCUGAUUCUGACGGAAGGUGACUCUGCCAAGGGUCUGGCCAUGGCUGGACGUGCAGUUGUCGGACCGGAUCUUUUCGGUGUUUUCCCACUCCGUGGAAAGCUGCUCAACGUUCGUGAUGCGUCAUUCGAUCAAAUAUCCAAGAACGCAGAAAUCCAGAACAUCAAGAACUUUAUUGGCCUGCAACACAAGAAGGAGUAUACCGAGACCAAGGGCUUGCGAUACGGUCAUAUCAUGAUCAUGACUGAUCAGGAUCAUGAUGGUAGUCACAUCAAGGGUCUACUCAUCAACUUCCUUCAGGCCCAAUUCCCUAGCUUGCUCAAGAUCCCUGAAUUCCUCAUUGAAUUCAUCACUCCCAUCAUCAAGGUCUGGAAGGGCGACCCCAAAAAUCCAACCAAAUCGAAGUCAUUUUUCACCAUGCCAGAGUACGAGGCGUGGAAGGAGGAGCACACUGAUGAACGUGGGUGGGAUCACAAGUACUACAAGGGUCUGGGAACCAGUUCCACAGAGGAUGCCCAGGUCUACUUCCGCGACCUCGAUCGCCACUUGAAAGAGUUCCAUACUAUGCAAGACAAAGAAGAGGAGCUUAUCGAGCUGGCAUUUUCGAAGAAGAAAGCAGAUGAGCGAAAGGAAUGGUUGCGCCAGUACAAGCCCGGUACCUUCUUGGAUCACACCACAGCCAAGAUCACAUAUACCGAUUUCAUCAACAAAGAGCUCAUUCUUUUCAGUAUGGCUGACAACCAGCGUUCUAUUCCGUCCAUUGUUGAUGGCCUGAAGCCCGGUCAGCGCAAGGUCUUGUACACCUGCUUCCGCCGUAAUCUGAAGAAGGAUAUGAAGGUUGUUGAGCUGGCGGGUCUCGUUUCCGGAAUGACAGCCUACCAGCACGGCGAUACAUCGCUCCAGCAAACGAUCGUUGGCCUGGCUCAGACUUUCGUGGGUUCAAACAACAUCAAUUGUCUUGAACCCAGUGGAAACUUUGGUAGUCGACUUCAGGGUGGUGGCGAUUGCGCCAGUGCUCGUUACAUUUACACUCGCCUGUCUCCCUUUGCACGCAGAAUCUUCCACGCCGCUGACGAGCCGUUGCUGAGCUACAACUUGGAUGAUGGUAAGAAAAUCGAACCAGAAACCUUCAUGCCUGUGGUUCCUUUGAUCCUGAUCAACGGUGCCGAUGGUAUCGGAACCGGAUGGAGUUCCUCCAUUCCUAACUACAACCCCGAGGAUGUCGUGAGCAACAUCAAGCGCCUGAUGAAGGGCGAGGAAGUUGUGCCGAUGCAACCGUGGUUCCGUGGAUUCACUGGGGAGGUUGUCGCUAUAGGCGGCGAUCGAUACAAGUUCAGUGGUAUCAUCAAGGAGACCGGUGAUAAGGAGGUCGAAAUCACCGAGUUGCCCAUUCGCACGUGGACUCAGGACUUCAAAGACAAGCUGGAGGACAUUAUCAAGGCUGAGAAGGUGCCCUCAUUCAUUAAGGACUACAGGGACUACAACACCCACAGCAAGGUUCACUUCGUGAUUCAACUUGACGAGAAGAACAUGAAGGGUGCUUUGUCGGAUGGCCUGGAAGAAAGGUUCAAGCUCUCCAAGACCAUUGCGACUACCAACCUGGUCGCAUUCGACGCGGAGGGCCGUAUCACCAAGUACGCGACGGUUGAUGAUAUCCUGAAGGAAUUCUAUACUAUCCGUCUGAAGUAUUAUGAGCGCCGCAAACAGCACCAGCUUUCAGAGCUUCAGAAGGAACUGGAGAGGCUGAGCAACCAAGCCCGCUUUGUUCAAAUGAUCAUUGAUGGCACGCUGGUCAUCUCCAAGAAGAAGAAGAGUGUUCUCGUUACUGAACUGAAGGAGAAGAGCUUCAAGCCCAUUGCCAAAGUGGUCGAAGCCUCCAAGCUGGGCGAGGACGAACCUGUUGUCGAGGAAGGCGAGGAAGCCGAAAGCCGCGAGACGGAGACGUUGUCAAGUUCUUACGACUACCUGCUCGGCAUGCCCAUGUGGUCGCUGACCCAGGAGCGUGUCGAGAGACUCCGUCGCCAAAUUGGCGAUCGUGAGAUGGAGGUUGAUGCCUUGAUCAAGCUCUCCAAGGAGGACAUCUGGAACCAGGAUCUGGAUGAUUUCAUCAAUGAGUGGCGCUUCCAGCUUGAGGAUGAAGAGCGUCGUCUCCGCAAGGCUGCUGGCCUGGGCCGUCGUGUUUCAUCGAAGCUUGCGACCUCCACUGGAGCUCGCGGUGGUGCCGCCGCACGUAAGCGCAAGGCUGCUGCUGGCGAAGACCCAGAUGACGAGGACUUUGCUGCGCCAAAGGCGAAGAAAACGGCCGCGGCCAAGAAGAAAGAGCAGCCGACCAAUAGUCUGGCUAAUUUCCUUAACAAAUCGACGGACAAGCCAAAGGCAAAGACAUCACCCGCUGAUGGCGCUGCUGACUCGGAUGAUGACUUUGAUUUCGAAAUGGAAGUAAUGCCCAAGAAGAGUCGUGGAGCAUCCAAGCCAGCUCCCAAGGUAGAGGAGCUCGAUGACGAUGAUUUGAUGGACAUCAACGACGGUCCUGCAGACCCUCCCUCUCGCACAUCCGCCCAACCCGCUCCUGAUCCAUUUGAUAUCGACGACGAGCCCGAGGUCGCUCCGCCAAAGCCCAAACCAACAGCGAAGCGAGGACCUAAAGCCGCUCCGGAUAUAUUUGAUAUUGACGACGAGUCUGAGGCUGAUCAGCCCAUAACUAAGCCGGCCGCGAAGCCGGCCGCGAAGCGAGGACCUAAGCCCAAGGCCAAGCCUGUUGUCGAUGACGAUGAUUCCGAUGACGACUUCCUUGGGAUUGCUAAAGAAGCCCCCAAGCCUGCUGCUGGUGGUCGGGCUCGCAAACCCGUCAAGUACGCCGCCGCCGCCGCCGACUCUGACAGCGACAACGGAGAUGAUCUCCUCGGUGAUGUCAGUCAGAUGGUCAAGGGCAUCGGAGGUGAAGUCUCGGAGUCUCGACCCAUGAUCUCCUCGUCGCGAUCCCGUGCUGGAAGUAGCGCCAGCUUGAUGCCUCCUCGUUCGGCCACUAAGGGCAACUAUGAUUUCGACUUCGAUGAGACCGACUACAGCAAGCUUGUUCCUUCGAAGUCGCCUCGCCGCUCACUUCAAAUCAAGCCCAAAGACGUCUCUAGACUCGAUGAUGACGAGGAUGAAGUUGAAGAUGAAGAUUCUCCUGUGAAGCCCGCACCCAAAGCGAAGCCCGGGCCCAAGGCCAAGGCUGCUCUGAAGCCUCGCGGUCGCCCGAAGAAGGAUGCUGCUAUCCCGCCUGUCAAGUCUGCCCCGGCGAAGGCAAUCAAGAAGAAGCCGGGUAAUGACAUCUCAGAUGAUGACAUUGAGGCUAUGGCCAAUGACAUUUUGGAUUCUCCAACAGGCAAGAAGGAUGCAUCUGAUGAUGAGCCCGCGCCUGCGCCUCGACGAGCCGCUGCAGCCCGUCCGUCUCGUCGCACAGCCACGCAAGCAAAGAAGACCUAUGUCAUCGAAGACGAAAGUGAAGAUGAAGAAUCCGCCGAUGAUUUCGACGACGAGGAUGAGAGUGAUUAG